UAAAAUAAGGUUACAUAACCUAGAAAAUCAUGUUUACAUGCUGCUUAGUGUUACAGUGUUUAAACUUUAAAGUGUAGAAAUUGUGUGAUUUGUGAUUAGAAAUUGUCGCUGUUUAAGAAUGGCUAAGUUUGGACAUUACUUUGGACUAUGUUCUUUGAUUGAUCAUAGGGCUCUUCUCGGUAUUUCAGAAGAUUCUGAAAAUGGAAAUGUUUUAGUGACGCUGGGAAAGAAUAUAGCAAUGAAAUAUGGAGUGAUGGACCAGAAUCAGGAAUUUAGUUGGAUAACCAAAGAAAAAUUCUCUUCACCAGUAAUUUAUGAUUCUAAAACUCAAAAAUAUGUAGCUGUAUUCAACCAUUUGUUCAUAAGAUGCUGGGAACCUGAGACCCCAAAAUUGGAUAAUUUGAAGAAGUUCAAAUUUAAAUCUAGUGUGAAUACAAUAGUUGUGAUAGACACUGUGAGUUUCGUAAUAUUUGAGGCAGGAGAUAUAGUAACUUUGGAACAUGCACUUGAAAAUCACAAAAUUUUGGCAGCGGAACAAAUUCUGAACAAAAAUGAAUAUAUUGCAGAUAAAAUAACUUGUUAUACAGAUUCAGAUAAGUACAUUGCACUUGUAGUAGGUAAUAUGGAUUCCAAUUCAAUAACUCAUUUGCUUUGGACUAGUUUUGAUUUUAUGGGAAAUAAGUUGGAAUAUUCAAGAGUUUCCCUAACAUCUGAAUAUGACUUAGCUGGUUGUUGCUUCCAUUUGUCUAAUCGGCAAAUCCAUCUCCUUACUCUUUGGUCCGAUGGUAAAUUAUAUAUGAAGUCUAUAAAAGAUAACUCUAACGAUUUGGGUAAAAUAUUAUAUACUUUUAAUACUGUAGCAUGCACAAGUCCAGUAUCAAUGAUAAGUCUGGAUGAAGAUUAUCUUGCUUUAUAUGGUGGUAAUAGUAAUCAAGAAGGUGCAUUAUUGCUUAUAUAUAACAUGGAAUUUAAAAAAAUUCAGUGUGUACAACCAUUUAAACUACAAACUAUAGGAGCCAAAUUAUGUAAAAUUCAAGAUAAACUCUUUCUACCAGUUGGCCAAACUUUAGCAGUUGUUCCUUAUAAUUUAGAAAAGGCAUUGCUCUCAACCCUCAUAAAAAGUCAGUGUGCUAAUCCAAAAGAUGAGGUUGAAAUAGAAGAAUCAUGUUGGAUUGGGUGUAGUGAUGUUGAAAUGGAGAAAAGCGAAUUAGACUUCAUUUUAAAGGAUUAUUUGGAAAAAGGAUGUACAGAAUCUAUGAUAUUUAAAGAUCUUUUACCUGCACUUAUUGAAAAUACAAAUCUUAGAGACAUUAAACUUCUCUUGAAAGAUUUUAGUAUUAUUGAAGAAGAUUGUCAUUAUAAAAUAAUGAAGUAUAUUCUAGAACUUCCCAGAAAAAAAUUCAAAGGCUCAAAGCAAGUGUUAAAUGAACAUUAUCAUAAAGAUUUACAGCCUCUAGAAAGGUAUGAAAUUCUAAAACUUGUCCUGGAAAAACCAUUUAUGCAAAAUAGAAAUAGUCUGUUUGGUACACUGGAAUUAGAUGAUAUUGUGAAAUUGUUUAAUUUCAUAUUAUAUGUUUUGAAAUAUGAUGAAAAUACCUGUGAUACUAAAUUCUGUAUGAAACUUAAUGAAUGGGCAAAUUUCAUACUUGCUGCUAACUUUCAAGUGGUCUUUUCCUCAAAAGAUGAUAAUCUUUUGGACGUAUUAGCUGAAUUUAGAGAUCUUACAAUAUGUCCAUCAUCUCCUAUAGAUUGUAUGUUUUUUAAAGAGCAAAUAGUUAAAAAGAAAAAAGCCACAAAAAUGGCUGAUUGUGAAUAUACUGUUGAAACGAUUCAUUUAUGAUUGUAAUAUUUGAUAAGAUAAAUAAAUAUUGUAAAUUUGUUGGA